AUGAGUUAUUUCCUGGAAUUACCACUUUCAGUUUUGUAUCGCUCUAUUUCUUUGCUUUCCUUUUUAAUUUGUCCAAUCCUCAGGUCUCUGAAGACACUCUGGAAAACCCCAAGGCAUUGGAAGGGUAAAAAUAUCACAUUUUAAAGCCUGAUUAAAGUCCAAAACUCCAGGACAGAUAAAGGAGGGUGAAAGGACUGCAGCCAAACUUGGAAGAGGGAACAGGAUAAGGACUCCCAUCCUUCUCAUCAAAGCUGCAUUCUUCCCAGCUCUAAAGGAUCUCUGCUUACAGAUAAGGGAACACCAUAAACAUGACCUCAGAGAUCUGCAUGCCAGGCCCAGUGUGUCUCAUUGAGAACACGAAAGGGCAACUGGUGGCUAAUGAGGAAGCCUUGAAGAUCCUGUCUGCCAUUACCCAGCCUGUGGUGGUGGUGGCUAUCGUGGGCCUCUACCGCACGGGCAAGUCCUACCUGAUGAACAAGCUGGCUGGGAAGAAAAAGGGCUUCUCUCUGGGCUCCACGGUGCAGUCUCACACCAAGGGAAUUUGGAUGUGGUGUGUGCCUCACCCCAAGAAGCCAGACCACACCUUAGUUCUGCUGGACACUGAGGGCCUGGGAGAUGUAGAGAAGGGAGACAACCAGAAUGACUCCUGGAUCUUUGCACUGGCCAUCCUCCUGAGCAGCACUUUUGUGUACAACAGCAUGGGAACCAUCAACCAGCAGGCCAUGGACCAACUGCACUAUGUGACAGAGCUAUCAGAUCGAAUCAGGGCAAAAUCCUCACCUGAGAGCAACAGUAAGGUAGAGGACUCAGCUGACUUUGUGAGCUUCUUUCCAGCAUUUGUGUGGACUCUCAGAGAUUUCUCCCUGGAACUGGAAGUAAAUGGACAACCCAUCUCUGUUGAUGAGUACCUGGAGCAUUCACUGAAGCUAAAAAAAGGUAAUGAUCAAAAAAUUAAAAAUUUUAAUGAACCUCGAUUGUGUAUCCGAAAGUUUUUCCCUGUGAAGAAGUGCUUCAUUUUUGACCGGCCUGCUCAAAGGAAGUACCUUGUCCGCCUGGAACAGCUAAAGGAGGAAGACCUGAACCUUGAAUUCAGAGAACAAGUUACAGAAUUCUGUUCCUACAUCUUCAGCCAUUCCAGGACCAAGACUCUCUCGGGUGGCAUCACAGUCAAUGGGCCUCGUCUAAAGAGCCUGGUGGUGACCUAUGUCAGUGCCAUCAGCAGUGGGGAUCUGCCCUGCAUGGAGAACGCAGUCCUGGCCAUGGCCCAGACAGAGAACUCGGCUGCAGUGAAAAAGGCCAUUGCCCACUACGACCAGCAAAUGGGCCAGAAGGUGCAGCUGCCCACAGAGACCCUCCAGGAGCUGUUAGACCUGCACAGGGCCAGUGAGAGAGAGGCCGUUGAAGUCUUCAUGAAGAACUCUUUCAAGGAUGUGGACCAAAAGUUUCAGAAGGAAUUAUGGGCCCAGUUGGAAGCAAAACGAGAUGACUUUUGUAAGCAGAAUUUGAAAGCAUCAUCAGAUUGUUGCAUGGCUUUACUUCAGGAUAUUUUUGCCCCUCUAGAAGAGGAUGUGAAGCAGGGGACAUUUUCUAAACCAGGAGGCUACCAUCUCUUUAUUCAGAAGAUGCAGGAACUGAAGAAUAAGUACUAUCAGGCACCUGGAAAGGGACUACAGGCAGAAGAGACGCUGAAAAAAUACUUGGAGUCCAAGGAGAAUGUGGCUGAUGCACUUCUACAGACUGAUCAGUCACUCACAGAAAAAGAAAAAGAGAUUGAAGCGGAACGCAUAAAGGCUGAAUCUGUAGAAGCUGCAAACAAAAUGUUGCAGGAAAUGCAAAAGAAGACUGAGCAGAUGAUGGAACAGAAAGAGAAAAGCUAUCAGGAACAUCUGAGACAACUGACUGAGAAGAUGGAGAGAGACAGGGCCCAGCUGUUGGCAGAGCAAGAGAAAACAAUAAGUCUUAAACUUCAGGAACAGGAACGACUUCUCAAGGAGGGAUUCCAGAAUGAGAGCCAGAAACUUCAUAAGGAGAUCCAGGAUCUCCAGAAGAGAAGCACACCAUCGGGCCCAUGUACCAUACUCUAAAAAUUCAGGAAACACAAUUUCUGUAUCCGGCUUUCUCUCCCCAGGGAAAAAAUGGAAUGAGCAAAUGCAGGCCAAAUAACAGCCACUAAACUUGACUUAAAAUCAUUACCCUUGCAUUUUUGUUGAGCUGUAAAGUUUGCAAAGUGAAGUUUAAUUAUAAAGCCAAUGUUUCACCUACAGAAGAAUUCAAUUCAUGCUUAUUUAUAGUACUAAUUGUUAAUAUGAUCUUUAACUGGAUCCUAUAUUUGAAAUCAUGUUCAGGGACUCAAGAGAGAUAUUAAAUUGUAAAAUUGGGAUGCAUUUUACAAUGGGGAGAUAUCAUAAGUUAUCUGUUCAACAUAGACUUUUUCCCCCUCAUGCGCACCAGUUCCAUGCUCUUACUCAAGGAUUUACUUUGGUCCUAGCAUAGGGAUGGCAUGUUGUGAACACAGGGAAAAUCUAAUAUGACUGAACAAAACCCUGAGGCACAGUUGAGCAUCACUCCUGUCGAGUGGUUUUUGAUCUCAUGGAGCUGCAAAUAAGAGAGAUCUGGGAUACUUCACUUGGCUUCAGGGUGCAGACAGUGCACAGUUCUCACUUGGGUGGAGGCUGCAUGGUCUGUGGGCACCGAUGAAACUUCUGGACACUGGCAGAGGACGUGGUCCCCAGUGUGCAUAUGACAGAAUGCAUGUAUGAGUGGAGGCCCCACCUUCACCGUCUAUGCAAACCGUCUGCGUAAUCACUGCCCCAUCCCAGGCCACCUGUCUCACUCUCAUCCAAUCUCCCUUUCUUAGUCUUUUCUGCUUUCUGGAGUUUGGAAGAUAACUUCCACAAUCACAAAAAGGAAAGGUUUUAACUCAAACUUAAAAUAAAUCUCCUUCCAUUUCUCUGA